AUGCCUAGGAAGAAGAGCUGGAAGAAAGCUGCGGUAAAGAAAAACGCAUGUAAGGCAGAUGUGGGUGACAAGUACCCCACAGAUGUUGGCCACGUCCAACUGUCUGUGCCUCUGGGUGUAGGCCACGUCCUAACACCUAUGACAUCUGUACCGGCAGGGGUGAUCUCUACCACCCCUGUGACAGUGGUCUCUGCGGCUCUCCCUGAGACCACUUUGACUCAAAUUUUGCCUCUGGCUCAAACUAUGCCUCAAAUGUUGCCUCUGGCUCAAACUAUGCCUCAAAUGUUGCCUCUGGCUCAAACUAUGCCUCAAACGAUUACUCAGAAUUCAUCUCAGUUGCUUCCUCAGAAUAUCUCUCAGAUUACAACCCAGAAUAUUACUCCGUUUACAAUGAACAAUAUACCAAAUGAAACAACACAUGCACUGCAAGAUCAGACUCUGCUCAAGGGAGAUAAUUUGUACAACACAGUUGUGAAGAAUCUUCAGAGUGCUGGAAAACUUAAAAGUAGAUUACUGAUGUUUGAUGAAUUACCAAUUCAUAUUGAUUCUGGUGAAAAUCACCACAUGGUUGAUAAGUUUGAUACAUUGUUUGGCUUAUUAGUUACAGAUGAUAAGAACAAUCAAAUUCAAACUCUACAUGAAUGUCUGCGACAGGCAUUGGGGUUAUCUAGAUUAGAUCAGUUAACAACAAAUGCUCUCACAAACAAACAGUCUGCUGGUACCAAUACUGGUCACUUAAAAACAACAACGAUAAAGAAAGAUAAAAAGGAUUACAUGAGAGAAUAUAUGAGAAACAAGAGACAGGAUCCAGAGUUUAAAAGCAAGGAAAUGAACAGUAUGAGAAACAAGAGACAAGAUCCAGAGUUUAAAGACAAGGAAAGAGACAGUAAGAGAAACAAACGACAGGAUGCAGAGUUUAAAGUCAAGGAAAGGGACAGUAAGAGGAACAAGAGACAAGAUGCAGAGUUUAAAGGAAAAGAGAGGGACAGUAAGAGAAACAAGAGACAAGAUCAAGAGUUUAAAGUCAAGGAAAGGGACAAGUUUAAAGACAAUGAAAGAGACCGUAUGAGAAACAAACGACAAGAUGUAGAGUUUAAAGGAAAAGAGAGGGACAGUAUGAGAAACAAGAGACAAGAUACAGAGUUUAAAGACAAGGAAAGGGACAGUAAGAGAAUUAAAAGGCAAGAAGAAGAGUAUAGGCAUGAUGAGCAAAAAAAGGAUUUAAAGAAGAAAAGAGAAAUGAGACAAAAUCCUACCCAGUUAGAAAAAGAGAGAUUGAAGAUGAAAGAAAAGAGGAAAAAUGAAGAAUAUAGAUCCUCAGAAAACAUUGCUGCAAAACAAUCAAAAGCACACUCACGGGGGAAUUUGGACUAUAUUGAAACUGAAAAACAAAGAUACAGAAAAAGUAAAUUUGGAGUUGAUGCAAUUGAGUGUGUUGACAAUUUUCACAACAAUGUAAGAUUGGGUCCUGUGUUUGUAUGCACAUGUUGCCAACAGACAUGGUUUCAUGAAAGUGUUUCAAAUGUAGAUAAUGUUUUGUUGGAUGCUGAAAUCAAAAGGAAGUAUUUUACUAAUACAAAGUCUGUAAACGGGCAUGAAUGGAUAUGCAACACAUGUAAUUCAAGUUUAAAAGAAAGUCGAACUCCAAAACUCUCUAUUGCAAAUGGAAUGAUAUGGAUUCAAAAACCAAGUGAAUUGAAUCUGUUACCAUUGGAAGAAAGACUUGUAUCCUUAAGAAUUCCUUUCAUGCAGAUAAGAGAAUUACCAAGAGGAGGGCAGUAUUCUGUAAAAGGAAAUGUUGUAAAUGUGCCAGUUGACAUUCAACCAACAAUCAAUAGUCUUCCCAGGAGACUUGAUGAAAAUAUUACAAUACCUGUGAAGUUAAAAAGAAAACUAUCUUUUCAGCAUUCUUAUUGUCAUGAAAAUAUCCGACCUACAAAGGUUCUGAUAGCUUUACAUUGGUUAAUGAAAAACAGUGAAUUUUAUCAGAAUUCAAACAUAAAUGUAGAUGACAACUGGUUCCAUGAGGUCACGAAUUCCGCAAACGAAUUAAUGAGAGAGUUUAUAGAGGGUCACACCAAUGAAGAUUCAGCAAUGCUUGACCAAUCAGAUGAAUCAGACUCUGAUGAAUUCUGUGAAGUUGAUAGCAGUGGUAAGGAUGGAAAUUGUGAUACUCUACUAGACAGUGACUCAUAUGAUAUGAAUCAGAUCUUCACAUUUGCUCCAGGAGAGGGACAACGUCCACUUAGUUUGUAUCAAGAUCAAAUGGCUGAGUAUUUGUCAUUUCCAACAAUAUUUUGUGGUAAAGGAAGAGUAGAAAAUGAUCAGCGUCAAGUACCUGUUUCAUAUGCUGAUAUUGCCAAGUGGGAAUUACGAAGUGUUGAUAGACGUGCUGCACAGUCGGUACCAAAUUUGUUCUUCAAAUUGAAAAAGAUUCAACUAAAACAGGUAACAGACAAAUGCAAUUUAGCUCUAAGGAAGUGCAAAACAAAGGGGAAAACCUUUACUGCAAAUGAAAUAAGAAAUCCUGAUCAAAUUAACAGCAUUGUCAGACACAAUGAGGGAUUUUAUGUUUUCAAACAGUUGAGAAAUUCUCCUCCUUAUCUUGAAACAAGAAAGAAAGAUGUUUUUGCAAUGAUACGACAGCUUGGUCUACCAACUUGGUUUAUGUCCUUUUCUGCUGCAGAUACACGUUGGAAUGAUCUGAUCAGAGCACUAGGAAUUUUAAACGAUGACAAACAGUACACAGAUUCUGAAAUUGAGAGCAUGACAUGGACUGAAAAGUCAAAGUUAGUUCAGAAAGACCCAAUUACAUGUACAAGGUAUUUUGAUCAUCGUUUUCGGACUUUUUUAAAUACUGUGCUUAAGAGUGAUCAUCAUCCUAUUGGCAAGAUACAAGACUUUUUCUAUAGAGUUGAAUUUCAACAAAGGGGAUCACCACAUGUUCACAUGAUUGUUUGGAUUGAAAAUGCUCCAAAAUACUUAGAAAAUGAUAACAAGGAAAUUGUUGCAUUUGUCGACAGCUACUUGAAGUGUGAAAGGAAUACAGAAGACAAUUUGACAGAAUUGCAAGUUCAUAAACACUCACAAACAUGCAAAAAGAAAGGAAAGUCUGUUUGUAGAUUUGGAUUUCCACUCCCACCACUCCAAGCUACUAUGAUAUUGGAACCUUUGGACAGUGACAUUGAGAAAUACAAGAAAAUGCAUAAGACUAUGCAAGACAAAGUGAAUGACUUAAAAAAUGGAUGUGACAUAAGCUGCACUUUCCAAGACUUUUUGCAGAAUGUACUACAGCUAUCUGAAGAUGAUUAUAUAAAAUGCAUCAGAAGUUCUUUGAGAACACCCAAGGUAUUUUUAAAACGUAAACCAUGUGACUUGAGAGUGAAUGCUUACAACAGUACUCUUCUUCAUGCAUGGGCAGCAAACAUUGAUAUUCAGUAUGUUUUGGAUCCCUAUGCUUGUGCAAUGUACAUUGUCUCAUACAUAAGUAAAUCCCAAAGGGGCAUGAGUGAUCUGCUGAGUAGAGCUGCAAAAGAAGCAAGAGAGGGCAAUCUUGACAUUAAAAGACAAGUUAGACACAUUGGAAAUCAAUUUCUUAACAGUGUUGAAGUUGGAGCACAAGAAGCAGCAUAUCUAGUUUUGCAAAUGCCCCUUACAAAAGCAUCAAGAGAUGUAAUGUUCAUAAACACAUCUCCAGUUGAUGACCGUGUAAUACUUGUCAAACCUGAUUCAGAACUCGAAAAGUUGAAUGCUGAUUCCACAGACAUAGAAUGCAGUAACAUAGUCAAAAGAUAUGCAAAACGUCCAAAACAACUUGAAAACUGGUGUUUAGCUGACUAUGUGUCACAGUUAGAUGUUGUUUUCCCAAAGGAAAGUAGAACUGAGCUGUCUGAAAUGGAAACAAAUGAUGAUGACAGGCACCAGUCAGAAAAUGAAGAAAGUGGAACUGAUACUGAGGAUGAAUUUAAAGCUGACAGCACAUUAGUUGUUUUGAGAAAUGGAAUUAAAAUUAAGCGUAGAAAAACACCAAGAGUUAUAAGAUAUGUGCGUUAUAGCCUAAAGACAAACCCAGAAAAUUACUAUAGAGAAAAACUAAUGCUCUUCACUCCAUGGCGAAAUGAAUGUUCUGAUCUUCUGUGUGGACAUCAGAGCUUUGAGCAGUCAUUUAACCAGAAAAAUUUUUUCUUAGCUCAGAAAAUUAAACAGUAUGAACACAAUGCUGAUAUGCUUGAGCAGGCAGAACAGAUGGCACAGGAUGAUUUGACAGAAGCAUAUGAUGAAUUAGCUCCUGGUGCUCAACAAACUGAUGCAGAUGAUGAAUAUGAAGGAAAUGUUGAUUCUGAAACAUUUGUUCACUUUAAUCCAGAAAGACCAAUUGAACAGAGAGAGUAUGAUAUAGGAAGUGAUGUUGGAAUUCCAUCAACAAGACAACUGAAUGAGCAGAGUUCUGUUAGAUUACCUGAUGAUGAGUAUUUAAAGCUUGUAGCCGGUUUAAAUUUGAAGCAACGUGAAUUCUUCAAUCAUGUUAUGCAAUGGAUCAAGUCUAAAAAGGAACCUAUUCAUGCAUAUCUGUCAGGAGGUGCAGGAGUUGGGAAGUCGGUGUUAAUCAGAGCACUUUAUCAAGCUUUACAUCGGUACUUAUGUGCUAAGGAGGGUGAAAAUCCAGAUGAUAUACGAAUUCUUCUUUGUGCAUUCACUGGUAAAGCCGCAUUUAACAUCGGUGGUCAAACAAUUGCUUCUGCAUUUCACCAGAAAAUUAACCAAAGGCAGCAAAAUAUGCAUUGUGAUGAACUCAACACAUUUAGAACUAAAUAUAGAAAUUUGUCAGUAGUCAUCAUAGAUGAAAUUUCAAUGGUUGGCAAUGCAAAGUUGGAAUUUAUCAAUGACAGACUUCAGCUUCUUACUGGUUUGAAGAGGCCAUUUGGAGACAUUAGUAUUAUUGCUGUUGGAGAUUUCUUUCAACUUAAACCAAUCAUGGAUGGCUGGAUUUUUCAAGAUUUAAAACAAAAUGCCCAAGCACUUGCAUGUAAUCUUUGGAAAGAAAACUUCACCUUAUUUGAGUUAGAUGAAGUAAUGCGACAAAAGGAUGAUUUAGAAUUUGCUCAGCUUUUGAACCGUCUUCGUCACAAUGAGAUGACUUCUGAGGACUUGGAUAUAAUUCACAGGUGCAUCAUUGCUGAAAAUAGUCCAAAUUAUCCAAACAAUGCUCCCCAUCUUUUCACAAUGAAUGCGAAAGUAGAUGAAUAUAACAAUAAACUUAUAGAGCAACUUCCUGGUGAAAAAGUCAUUGUAAAAGCUGUUGACAGUGUCCUCCAAGACCACAGUAAGACUGUGAAAGACCGACUACUCAGAUCAUUGCAAAAUCAAGAUGAUGUAAGCAAAACUGCAAAUCUCAUGACAAGACUAACUCUAGCCAUUGGAAUGAUAUAUGAUAUUACAGUUAAUAUUGAUGUUACUGAUGGCUUGACAAAUGGUUCAUCAUGUACUGUAUUUCUUGUUGAAAACAGAUUACCUGGUGUAUCAAGGCCAAGUAUAGUGUGGGUGAAGUUUUUAGAUUCUGCAGUAGGGAGAAUUGCUCGACAGAAAUACAGACAUCUUUUCCAUGAUGAUGUUAUGGAUGAUUGGACACCAAUAUUUGACUGUCAGCGAUCUUUUGUUUUCAAUUCAACUACAUAUCAAAGAAUACAGUUUCCUUUAAGACCAGCUGCUGGUAAGACAAUUCAUAAGGCACAGGGCUGCACUGUUGAUGAAAUUGUAGUAGAUUUGUCUCAGUCAAGGAUAAGGAAAACACCCCACAUUCAUUAUGUAGCUCUUAGUAGAGUUAGAUCUGUUGACAAGUUGCAUAUUCUGAAUUUCAAUGAGCAAGCAUUAACUGUUGAUGAAAAAGUUGUAGAAGAAAUGGAAAGAAUGAGGAAGGAAGCACCUCUAAAACUGUGUUAUCUUCCAUUGUACAAAACAGAGCAGAACAAACUAAAAAUUAUGUUUCAUAAUGCAAGAUCUCUUCACAAACAUUUCAAUGAAAUUAAAAAUGAACCCAAUGUUGUAGCAUCAGAUGUUAUUGGUUUUUCAGAAACAAGAUUAACCAUCAACGAUGAACAGAAUUUUAUGAUGGAAGAUGAAAUGGAAUUUGAUACAUGA